AUGUCGACCGUGUACCAUGCGGCGCUGAAGCGCGAGGCGCCUGCGAACAAGAAACGCGGGCUGGAAGAUGCGGCGGAUGGUGCAGAAUCCAAGGUUCGGCGCAACAAACAGCGGGUCCUCGUGCUCCCUUCGCGGGGCGUGACGACGCGCAUGCGGCACCUGGUGAAUGACGUCGAGGCCCUGCUUCCGCACUCGAAGAAAGACUCCAAGCUGGACAGCAAGUCGGAUAUGUCCGUGCUGAAUGAGCUGGCGGAGCUCAACAACUGUAAUAACUGCCUGUACUUCGAGGCACGGCGCCACGAGGACCUGUACUUGUGGAUGUCCAAAACCCCGAAUGGGCCGUCGGCGAAGCUGCAAGUGCAGAACAUUCACACGAUGGACGAGCUCAAAAUGACGGGCAACUGCCUCAAGGGCUCGCGCCACAUCCUGAGCUUUGACCAGGGCUUUGAAUCGGCGCCGCACUGGCGCCUGCUCAAGGAGAUGCUCACGCAGAUUUUCGCAGUGCCACGCACCGCGCGCCGUGCCAAGCCGUUCAUCGACCAUGUCCUGACAUUCAGCAUCCUAGACAACAAAAUCUGGUUCCGCAACUACCAGAUCAUCGAGAAGGACCCUGGCGCGGUGGCGGCUGCGGAGGCCAAGGGCCUGGACCCCAAGUCGGCGUCGCAGGACCCGACGCUCGUGGAGAUCGGUCCGCGUAUGGUCAUGACGCCUAUCCGCGUCUUCGAGGGCAGCUUCGGUGGCCCGACGCUGUUCGAUAACCCCGAGUACAUUUCGCCGAACGCCGUGCGCCAGGCCAUGCGCCGCGAGAAGGGCCAGGCGUACAAGUCCAAGGUGCUGCAGGCCGAGAACCUGCGCCGCAAGCGCGACACGUACAAGGGCCACGAGGGCGAGCUGAGUCGCUCCAAGGUAUUUUCAUGA